AUGGAACGGCUGUUAGAUUCGCAUUUUGGAGGGUUCGGACCGGUGUUAGGCGCAACCUGCCUCGACUUUAGGCAAUCAGGCGGAAUUUCUAUGGGAAAAGUGCCUUAUGGGGUUGGAAAUUCAGGCUAUGUUGCUAAAAACUUUUAUUCAGUCUCUUUAGAGGAUGUUUAUUUCGCCAAUAGGUGCGGGUAUCAAAACAACCGUGCGCAGCUGCCGCCCUCGCCACAGACGAGGUACGUAAACCCCUGGUAUUGGCAUUCUGAACCGGCCAUUUGCAGGGACGGUGAAUUAAUACUUCUUGGGGAAUUGUACGGAUUUGGUAAAGUCCGAGUUAGUCGUUACCCAUAG